ACUCUCUUUUCUGCUUUUAAACGCUCCAAAAGUUUCCCCCUCCGUUUUCACUGCAUUUUUCUUUGCAACCAAUCAAAGGAUAAGCAAAGAAUCAAGGAGUUCGGGAGGGAAGAAGUGGGCGCCUUAAAGGUUGGAUCUUGUCGUUGUUUUUGAUACUGGUUUUUUGUUUAUGAAGAAAUGGCCAGUGGUGGUGGCAUUUAUAGGAAUGGGACUCAUAGGAACUCUCUCAAAGGAACGACGACAACGUCAACAGCAUCAACGGAUAGGCCAUUCUCAUUGAAUUCCGACCCAUCAAAGCCUGCAGUGAAAAUUAAGUCUUCUUCUUUGGUCGGUUCUUCUUCUGGUUCAAGGAAGAGUAGCCCCGGCUCACUUGGAGGUGGAGCUGCCAAAGAUGACGCUGGAGUUCCUGGAAGAGUUAGAGUGGCUGUGAGAUUGCGUCCACGUAAUGCAGAAGAGUCGGUGGCAGAUGCUGAUUUUGCUGAUUGUGUAGAACUUCAACAAGAGCUUAAAAGGUUAAAGCUUCGGAAAAACAACUGGGACACAGACACCUAUGAGUUCGAUGAAGUGCUCACAGAGUUCGCUUCACAAAAGCGUGUGUAUGAAGUUGUUGCAAAGCCAGUUGUGGAGGGAGUUUUGAAUGGUUACAAUGGAACAAUCAUGGCUUAUGGUCAGACUGGUACUGGCAAAACAUAUACUCUUGGACGACUUGGGGAGGAAGAUACAGCUAAUCGUGGGAUAAUGGUCCGAGCUAUGGAGGAUAUUUUAGCAGAAGUUUCACCAGAAAGGGAUACUGUUUCAGUCUCCUAUUUGCAGCUCUACAUGGAGAGCUUACAGGAUCUUCUUGAUCCUACCAAGGACAACAUUUCCAUCAUUGAGGACCAUAAAUCUGGAGAUGUUUCACUACCUGGGGCUACCGUAGUAGAAAUAAGAGAUCAACAGAGUUUCUUGGAGUUAUUACGAUUAGGAGAAGCUCACCGCCAUGCUGCGAACACGAAAUUAAACACUGAAUCUUCUCGAAGUCAUGCUCUUUUGAUGGUGCAUGUCAAGAGGUCUGUCAAAGGAAGAGAAUCUGCGCAUUCAAGUGAAAACAGUAACAACACUAGCAUGUCUAAGUCUCUUAGACCUCCACUUGUUCGAAAGGGCAAGUUAGUUGUUGUAGAUCUUGCUGGUUCAGAGAGAAUUGAUAAGUCGGGGAUUGAAGGCCAUACACGUGAGGAAGCCAAAUCUAUCAAUCUUUCUCUUAGCGCAUUAGGGAAGUGCAUAAAUGCACUUGCAGAGAAUAGCGCUCAUGUUCCUGUUCGUGAUUCAAAGCUUACUAGGUUACUUCGAGACUCAUUUGGAGGCACAGCAAGAACAUCAUUGGUUAUAACUAUCGGUCCAUCUCCACGUCAUCGUGGAGAAACAGCUAGUACUAUAAUGUUUGGACAGAGGGCUAUGAAAGUGGAGAAUAUGUUGAAACUCAAGGAAGAAUUUGAUUAUAAAAGUUUGGCUCGAAGGCUAGACAUACAAUUAGACAACUUGAUUAUGGAGCAUGAGAGGAAGGAGAAAGAAUUUGAAGCUGAGAUUGGCAGAAUAACAACAGAUGUGCAAAACCGAAUUUCUGAGGCUGAAAGAAACUAUGCCGAUGCAAUGGAGAAGGAAAGAUUGAAGUAUCAGAAGGACUAUAUGGAGUCAAUAAAGAAGCUUGAAGAGAAAUGGAUGAUGAAUCAACAAAAUCAGGGAAGUGAAAGACAGGAGCAAAUGGUACACACUGCAGAGGAAGUUGCUGAACUAAACAAGUUACUUAGCAAAGAAACUUCACUAAGGAAAGCAGCUGAAGACGAGGUCAAUAACCUUAAAAGUCAACUAGCUCAAUUGAAAAUGUCGGAGGCAUCAGGAAAUUCUGAGAUCUUGAAGCUGCGAAAGAUGCUGGAAGGUGAGGUAUCUCAAAAGAAGAAACUUGAAGGGGAAAUAUCAAUUCUGCAAAGUCAGUUAUUGCACCUAAGUUUUGAAUCUGACAAGACUAGAAGAAGACUUGACAGAGGUGGGGCUGGGAAUGACACGGGUGGUCUAGAUUCUCUCUUUUCUCAAGUUAGACCUCAGCUAAAGGAUUCAGGAAAUGGUGAGAAGGCCUCUGUAGCAAGACUCUUCGAACAAGUGGGAUUGCAAAAGAUCUUGUCAUUGCUUGAAGCAGAAGAUGCAGAUGUGCGGAUUCAUGCUGUGAAAGUGGUAGCAAAUUUAGCUGCCGAGGAAACAAACCAGGAGAAGAUUGUAGAAGCUGGAGGUCUAAAGACCUUACUGACGCUUCUUGGAAGCUCCGAGGAUGAAACCAUACGCAGAGUUGCCGCUGGUGCACUUGCCAAUCUUGCAAUGAAUGAAACGAACCAGGAACUUAUAAUGUCUCAAGGGGGCAUUAGCUUAUUAUCAAUGACAGCAACUAAUGCUAAGGAUCCUCAAACACUUAGAAUGGUUGCUGGGGCGCUCGCGAAUCUUUGUGGCAAUGAUAAGCUGCAGACUAAGCUAAGUGGUGAAGGUGGUCUUAAGGCUUUGCUAGGAAUUGUCAAAUGUGGACAUCCAGAUGUUCUUGCUCAAGUUGCUCGUGGAAUUGCAAACUUCGCUAAAUGUGAGUCGAGAGCAUCAACUCAAGGGAAUAAAUCUGGAAGAUCUCUUCUGAUUGAGGAUCGUGCUCUUCCAUGGAUUGUACAGCAUUCUAACAGUGACGCCUCGCCAAUCCGACGUCAUGUUGAGCUUGCACUCUGCCACUUAGCACAACAUGAAGUGAAUGCUAAAGACAUGAUAAACGAAGGUGCCUUGUGGGAAUUGAUCCGCAUCUCGCAAGACUGUCCACGGGAAGACAUAAGAACUCUAGCACAUCGAAGCCUUACUUCUAGCCCCACCUUCAUAGCUGAAAUGAGGCAGCUACAGAUAGACUAUUAAUACAGUUCUGGAAAACAGAUCACACAUGCUUAAGUUUUGCCAUGAAAUAUAGAAUGUUCUUGGCUUUGUUGAUUAGAGAGGGAACCUCUGAUUUAUUAAUCAAACUGUGUCUUGUAAUAUCAUAUAAUUUAUUCAUAUGAGACUGCCUGUCUUGUGUAGUUUGCUAAAUAUAGUAAAGAAUUAUU